UCCGCCCUCUCCUUUCGUUCCGUUUGUGAUCGCCGCUCGCUGCGGAGUCGCCGGAGCAUCACCCGCUCGUCCGCUCAUCCUCCGACCCCCCGCCGCCGCGCUCCCGAGUUCCUGCUCGUCCCCGCGCAGGAGAAGCGAAGGAGACGAAGGACAGGAGGACUGGAGGACAGCAUGGACUCUUAGCGGCGCGGAUCGGACUGUCACACCGACCGAGCGAUGGACCCGCGGACCUCCGUCCUUCUGCUGCUGCUGGACCUGCUGGUCCUGAUGGGGUCGCGCGGGCGCGCUGCCGCCUCGGCCGACGGCAGAUUCGGUUGUGCUUUUGAGAAUGAGCUGUGCCAACCGUACGAGAUCUGCGCCAACGAUGGCGUGUUUGGGAGGUGCGAGUCCGCUCCGGUGACGGACUUCUACGUCUACCAGGUGUCCCCCAGUGUCCUGCAACGCCUCAGGAGUCUUCUACAAAAGCUGGCUCGCAGAGGGUUAACCUGGGAAGAUGAUGCCACCCAGCAGGCAAUCGGUCAGGAGCUGUCCAAGCUGCGGAAAGUGUCCUACCGAUACCCGGACGGCGGCUCAGUGGACGGCGGCGCCAAGUCCAGGGCACCCAAUCAGAACCUGAGAUCCAUGGAGGUGGAGCUCGACAGAUCACUGCACAGCUACCUGCAGCACCUGGGGCUCCUCCCCCAGCAGGGCACACCCACCGGCCAGAGGCCUAAGCCCAAGGGUGAGCCACAGCUCCUCGUGGACCGGUUCCAUCUGCAGCCGCAGGGCAAAGGGGCGUCCCAGGUGGCGCUGCACUCCCCGGCUCACGUCGGACCUCCUCCUGCCAAGUCGCCAGCGGCAGGGGUGGGGGGGGAGCUUGUUGCCGCAUUGGAGCAGUACCUGAGGGCAAGGCUGCCAGGGAACAGAGCGCCUGGACCGGUCCUGACGGGAAACCCGGACGGACACAGGCUGGGGUCGGCGCCCAAGACACCGGCGCAGAAAUCCAGAACGGACCGCCUCCUCUUCAAAGGCGGAUCCACAGUGAGAGAGCCCCUCAGCGAGGUGGAUGAGGAGUUCAUCCAGAACGUGGUGGCGCAGCUAAGCAGGCACAAUGUGAACGUGGAUUCCCUGAGCGGCCGUGACCUGGAGGAGUUGGCCGACUCCAUCGCCGACGCCCUGCAGGUGGUGGACGCCGAGGCGACCCGUGGUUUGCGACCCUCCGCAGACCAGAGGGGGGUGAAGGCGGGGCCUGCACUCCCAGUGCCAAUUGCCAAGGCUGCCCCGCUCCAAGAGCGGCACACAGGUGGCGGGGAGACGGAUCGGCCCGGCGACAAGGUGCAGGCUGCGGGCCUGGUCAACAAACUGCUCGAGUACCUGGACCGGAACUCCUACGGAGAGGAGCCCAGGAGGAACGCCCCGGAGGAGGCGGGCCAGGGGACUGCAGGGGCCCCAGCGGUGGGGUUGGAGACCGUAAAGAGCAGGAUCACCCAGACGGACAUCGCCGUGGAGAAGAAGGAGGCCGCGCCUCUGGCUCCCGCCCUAGCUCCGCCCCCAGAGCCCUCUGCUGACCACGCCCCUUCCACGGAGUGGGAGGAGCCUCAGAAGAAGGACAUGCGCUUCGAGGAGGAGCUGCAGCUCGAUGUUAAAACCGUCUCGGCGGCCAAGAAGGAGGAUCUGUACGGCUACAUCAUCACUGACUCGGAGUCGCUGUCCACCGACCAGGGUCUGCACCUCAUGAAGGUCCUGGCUCGCUAUGUCAAGCUCAACAUGAACGACUUCCUCGAACUCUCGGUGGUGAGCCCCGUGGUGACCUUCAAAGUGCGGCCGAACGCCCAAAACUUGACCACGGCCGACGUGGCACACGUGGCAGUGAAACAAGCAAAUGCCCUGGAGAAGGAAACCGGAGUGGGAAUCCUGGAGGCCGGAGUCACCGAUAAGAGCACGCUGACCCAGCUGCCCACACGGAACAGCCAAGCGGAGUCGACCAAGUUCCUGAUCCUCACGGUCAUCUCCAUCGUGUGCAUCAUCGGGGUCCUAGUGGCCUCCACUGUGGUCUAUGUCCUGCGCCAUCGCUCGCACCACAAGCUCAAGGAGAAGCUCACCAGCCUGGCCACAGACACCGCCUCCGGGCCUUCGGCCACCUACCAGGAGCUGUGUCGACAGCGAAUGGCCAUGAAGACGUCGGAGCGUCCGGAAGCAGCCCAUGCGUCGCGCAUCAACAGCGUAUCGUCGCAGUUCAGCGAUGGGCCCAUGCCCAGCCCUUCGGCACGCAGCAGCACCUCCUCCUGGUGUGAGGAACCCGUGCAGUCCAACAUGGACAUCUCCACCGGUCACAUGAUCCUGUCCUACAUGGAGGACCAUCUGAAGAACAAGAACCGCCUGGAGAAGGAGUGGGAGGCGCUGUGUGCGUACCAGGCGGAGCCCAACGCCUGCACAGUUGGCCUGAGGGAUGGCAACAGCAAGAAGAACCGCUCAAGUGCAGUGGUUGCCUAUGAUCACUCCAGGAUAACCUUGAAGGUUGAAAACAACCAAGGCAAUUCAGACUACAUCAACGCCAGUCCAAUAAUGGACCAUGACCCACGAAACCCAGCUUACAUCGCUACCCAAGGCCCCCUCCCAUCUACCGUUGCUGACUUCUGGCAGAUGGUGUGGGAGAACGGCUGUGUGGUGAUCGUGAUGCUCACAUCUCUGACAGAGAAUGGAGUAAAACAGUGUUACCACUACUGGCCUGAUGAGGGUUCGAACCUCUAUCACAUCUACGAGGUGAACCUGGUGUCUGAGCAUAUUUGGUGUGAAGACUUUCUCGUGAGGAGUUUCUACCUGAAGAACAUGCAGACCAACGAGACGCGCACCGUGACGCAGUUCCACUUCUUGACCUGGAUGAACCAGAAUGUUCCGGAAUCUAGUAGAACUCUCCUGGACUUCCGCAGAAAGGUUAAUAAGUGCUACAGGGGUCGGUCUUGCCCAAUAAUUGUCCAUUGCAGCGACGGCGCCGGGAGGAGCGGGACCUACAUUCUCAUCGACAUGGUCCUCAACAAGAUGGCUAAAGGGGCCAAGGAGAUCGACAUUGCCGCCACCCUGGAGCACCUGCGGGACCAGAGGCCGGGCAUGGUGCAGACAAAGGAGCAGUUUGAGUUUGCGCUGACAGCUGUGGCCGAGGAGGUGAACGUCAUCCUGAAAGCCCUCCCACAGUGAGGACCCCCUCCCCCCCCAAGGGGUCACGGCCGCCCCCUCCCCCUCCUCCCUCGCUCCCGCUGCCCGCCUCUGGAAGUCGAACCCUGACCUUUUCUUAGCUGUGCAUCUCCUCCUUCGGAGCAGACUCUUCACUGCUUGUAAUGAGAACAGCUUGUGAGGUUAAAGAAGAAUAAUUAUUAGAAAACUUUAGUUCUGUAAGAUAAAUACAAUAAGCAUCAGGAAAAAAAAAAACUGGAUUUAGAUUGUGAGUGUGCAUCAUGAUUGUGGUCAGGAAAUCUGUAUCCUGUUUAGACUUAGACCCAGGAACAUUUUGACUCUUGGUUUCUUCUGUGUCAUAUCUUUGGUGUAUUUAUCUGAUCUCUAGCUAUAAAUCUUGGCUUGUCGGAGAAAUGGGUGCCGGCCGGCACGAUGUCGAGGAGGCAGCACUCCAAGUGACGGCGCGCGUGUUUUCACAUAAUAUUAUAAAAUAUUACAUUUGUACAGGAGUUCCAAGGUGUACCACGUUUCACAAUCACUGUUUGUUUGAAAUUGUGACGAAUAAGACAAAAAUGUCAGUAAUAAUUGAAAUGUAAGCAAUAUAAUAAUUAGUAUUUCGUAUCUUGAAAUCUUUUAUUUGGAUCCGUGUGCAAUCGAACACAUAGUGAGCAGUUAACAUGCGGCCCAGCUCUCGACCGCAGCCUGGUAAACGGGCAUUUGGACGAGAACCUGCGUGUAAGUAGAACAUUAUUUGGACCGUAACAACCAUUACGGUGGUUUGUUUGCAGAUGUUAUAUUGCCGCUUGGUUCCUUUGACUGCACUAUUGUCGUUUUCUUCCCUGCACCCUGAAAGCUCUGGAAUCUUCUCUCAAGUGAUGUACGGCUUCCUUCACCGUGCCAUUUCAUUGUUGGUUCAAACCACGGUUUUCACUUCAUUAUGCAGUGAAGCCGAAGAAUAACAGCGGGGUGAUAUUCGCACGGCCCAUGAGACCUUCAAGAUAAGAUAAAAUGAACAUGGAGCAGAGCUGGGGCCGCUGGGCUCAUUGGAGCCGUUGGUACCAGUUUCAACAGGCUCUGUCUGUGUUGAUCAAAACGACAAGCAGUCAAAAUGCUUCAGCAACAUUAACAUUUAAUUCGUUAAACAUUUAUUGAUUCUGAUUUUUCUAAUUCUCGUUGGUCAUUUCGCCAGGGUGCGGAGCAACACCCUACAUGAAGAAGUGGUUUUGAUCAGCUCUUUCCAAGCCUGGUUACCAACUGCCGAUUUCUCCGACUAAAACCUUAUUAACGCUCAAGGGGGAAGUGUAGAGAAUUCUGACGGAUUUAACAGGUGUCAACGUAAUUGUGAGCGACGCCGCUUUGCGAGACGUGUUUAUAGUAGGAAGAACUGGAUUUGUGCACCCCUGAAAGUAAUAAAGUAUUUGUUGGUUAUUUACAGAGUUUAUUUAUAUACAAGGUAGUUAUGUAUAUAUUUCCAGUAGCUGAGUAAUGUAAUAAAUUAUUAUAUUACUGAGGUCCAAUAGUCAUUUGUUUUGGGAGCAUACAUUAGGUUCUAAAAAAAUGUACUUUUUAAAAAUAACUUUAAAAGGAGAUUGUACCUUUAGCUAUUAAAUGUAAUAGUCAAGCUCAAAAAGAUAAUAGUGCUUGGUUAAAAAAUGAAUUAAAAAUCAGCAAGGGUCCAGGACAGGGAGCGAGUACUAUGUGCAAUUAUUAAUGCUGAUAAAUCACUCCAGCCAGGAUUAACGAAUGACGUGCGCUGCUCCUCACCUCGGAGCUGCGGCCCAUCGUUUCUCCGGUGUCUGGUGCUGCGAAUCCAUUAAUAACCACACACAGGCAGCCGUAACUCACCGUUACAGAGACCUCUCCACGCAAGCCAAGGAUACAACCGUUGCAGUCAAGCUGUUUGUUUGUCCACCGUUUCCACCACAAAGGGCAGGGGGUGGCGUCGGUGGGUUCUAUAUUUUCCAUCAUCAUUACUUUAUGAUGCCUGUCUGACUUUGCCCACAGAUGACGGCUCAUUCUCCAUUCCAUUUCCCCCGCCUGCUGCCCUUGUAUACGCUCCAUUUUUGUCUAGCCGUUUGUACAUAUCAACCAGAAAUGACAGAAUAAUAUUUUUGUUCUCUCUAUGUAUUCAAAAACUACUUGUGAAUAAACUUGCUUUGUCAGUG